AUGGGAGAUAUUCAACGAGAACAACAAGUACUUAAAACAAAAAUUAUUUUUCAUUAUUUUAACAAUGUAUUAAAUAAUAACAAAUUUGUUGUUCAAAAUUAUUCGGUUAAUUCAAGAAAUGAUCAAAUAUUUAUGUCGUCUUCUAUUUCUUUUCUGUAUAAAUAUGAAGGUGUUGACAUUUCUCUUGAAUUAAAACGUCGUGAUAAAUUUUUAUUCGUUUAUGUUAAAAAUUAUUCUAUUGGUUUAAAUAGUGAAGUAACUGUUCUGUUUGAUAAACAUUUCAGCGGAAAGACGAAUGAUUCAUUGAAGUAAGACAAAAAUUAUUCAUAUAAAAUCGCAAUUAUUUAUAUAUAGAUUGGAAAAUACAAAUGAACUCGAUUUACAAGUUAAUACAUUGAUGAAUCAAGCGAGAAAAAAAAUCGCUACUAGUCGUGAACUAUGUGUGUGGGUGUGGGUGGGUGUGGGUGUGGGUGUGAGUGAGGGUUAGACAUCCAAACUCAUACCCACACCCACACACCCACACCCACACCCACACCCACACCAACACACCCAGACCCACACCCACACACCCAUACCCACACCCACACCCACCCAAACCCACCCACACCCACACGCACACCCACACCCACACCCACACCCACACCCACACCCACACCACC